AUGACUGACCAAGAAAAGAGUUGCGAUGCCAAACUGACCUCCGACACCUAAAAAAAUGUUCAAAAACAAAAGACCGGAUUAAAGUAGAUCAAUCUUGAUAAUCUGGUGUACAAUAAGAGAGAGAGAAAGUAAACUGGUACUCAAGGUAACAAGAUCUUUUUACUCCCAGCACUUCAACCCAUGCCUGUAAUUCAGCACACCAAAGUCGUCACUCAGAAUAAGUAACCUCGUAAAAAGAAGAAUACUGAAUUGCAGACCCCGCCAAGAGAAGAGGUGUACCAAACCCAAGAACCAACUUAAAUCAAAUAAUUACCAAUAUCCUGUGAAUAAUUGGUUCUCGAAUCCGACAACUCUUCUGAGUUCGAUCCCAAGAUCAAACACAAGAAAUCCAAAAAGUUUCGCAGGACUCACAAACACAUAGAUCUUGAAGACUCCUCCGACGAAGCCCAAUACAAAAGCAGACUCAUUCUGAAGAGAGUCAACAAGAUCUUUAAAAAAUCAUAUGAACAAAAAUAAAUCCUCUCCGCAGGUAGCGAACAAGAGAACCUAGUCAAAGAACUAUUCAAGAACAUCUACGUCAAGAUAUUUUAAGGUACCAUAUCACUUUUAAUGUAAGAUAUUCCUGUGACUGCCGCAGAAUUGAAACAACUAACCUAACCUGAAUGCUCAACUGGAUAGGAAGGCGAUGGCAAACAACUUGAAGAAGAACCUAAAUAGGAUGAUGAACCUCUUAGAGUAUUGACUGAAGAUGCAACAGAUUUUGAAACUAAACGUAAUUUAAAACUGUUAGGAAUUGAAAAUUAAGAAAUACUAUCAAAAUUGGGAGAAAUUAAAUCUUAUAUUAAUUGUGAUAUUAGAUACUUUAACAUUGACUUCUUAGUAGAGAAAGUGGGUGGCUUCGAUGGUAUGCUAUAUUAAUUUGAUGUUUUAGUUGUUUUGAUGGAUCCACCCUGGAGAAUCAAGGGAGGUUAAUAGAAUGAUUCUUCUUUUAUGUUCACGAAUAGCAAAUUCUCUUUAGAUUACAACACUAUGAGCAAUCAAGAGAUUAUGGAUAUUAAAAUAGAGAAAUUGAGUAAGAAGGGAUUCCUAUUUCUUUGGAUCCUCAACACUCAACUCAAUAUUGCUUAUGAAAUGGCUAGUAAGUGGGGAUAUGAAAUAGUUGAUCAAAUUAUUUGGGUAAAAUUGAAUCCAUAAGGCAAUAACGUUUAUCUUUCUACAGGAUAUUACUUUAUGCACUCAUUUGAAAUAUGUCUGGUUGGGUAUACAAAUAGUAAUUUACAUUAGUUAUAAAUGUCCUCCAGGUGAACAUGUGGAAUAUCACUCAAAGAUAUCAAACAACAUCAUCUUUAGUCCUGUUAGAAAUAAAUCCUAGAAACCGAUAGAGUUAUACGAAAUCAUAGAAUUGAUGAUGCCAGGAUCUAAGAAAGUGGAAAUCUUCGCCAGAAAUCAUAAUCUAAGACAUGGAUGGUUUUCUAUUGGAAAUCAAUUGGGAGAAACCUUUUAAAAGUGGUUGGUCUAGAUAAGUUGCAAUAUCUGUGGGAUCUCUUUGCAACCAGGAAUUUGUAGAUAUAAAUCUAAAAAAAUUGCCAAUUUUGACAUCUGCUAGAAUUGUUACAAUAAGAAUCUUCAGUAAUCAUUACUUAUUAAAGUUAGUAAUGGAGACUUCACCGAGAAUGAAAUGUUCUUCUUGGCCAAUAAAGCAGACGAGGAAGUGCUACAUCAAUAUCACCAAUGCAAUGGUUGUGAUUAGAAUCCUAUUUGGGGAGCGAGAUUUGAAUGUGUCACUUGUGAUAAUCAUGAUUUUUGUGAGGCUUGCUUUGACAAUCUAUUAAUAACUGGAGACCCUGCUCAUAAAGAUCACGAUUUCAAAGUGAUUGAACUACCUACUUUUGCUGAAGGCAUACCUUGUCAUGAUGCAAAAUGCAAUGGAUGCUUUCAAAAACCCAUUUUAGGAGUGUAAUUUGUUUGUAAAUAGUGUACAAAUUUUAGUUUAUGUAAUGAAUUAUUCUACUUAUCAUAGGCUAAAAUUGUUUCUUCACUAGAACACAAUCAGAAUUAAAUGGACAAAGACAUAAAGCUGAUCAUCGCUUUGAACCCAUUUAUGAAGUUUAGAAUUACCAAAAGAAAACAUAUAAGUGCUAAGGUUGCGAAUUGGAGAAAUCUGGAAGUGUUUAUAAAUGUGAAAAUUGCUUUGGAUUUUAUUUCUGCGAAGAAUGUUAUGUACUUAAAAAAGAUGAUUGGAAAUGUUAUGUAGCCACCAGUCAUAAAAAUUAUCACACAUUUAUCAAGAUAUGA